CCUGCCCUUGGUUUCGCUCAGUCCUGCCACUGCCACCUCUACCAUGCUGUCUCCCAGGACUGCUCUCCUCUUGACUCUGGUCGUGGCUGCUGGCUCCCUGGGUCUGAGGGCUCGGAGACCCCCCAAGCACCAGUCCCCCAUCAGCACCAUCCAGCCCAAGGCAGGCUUCGAUGCUCAGCAGUUUGCAGGGACUUGGUUCCUCGUAGCCGUGGCCUCUCCCUGCCGCUUCCUGCAGGAGCAGGGCCACCGGGCUGAGGCCACCACACUAAAGGUGGCUCCCCAGGGUGCAGACAUGGCUGUCAGCACCUUCCAAAAGCUGGAUGGCAUCUGCUGGCAGGUACAGCAGCUCUACGGACACACGCAGGUGCCUGGCCGCUUCCUGCUCCAAGCUCGAGGCGCGAGGAGGGAUGUGCACGUGGUUGUUGGGGAAACGGACUACCAGAGCUUCGCCGUCCUGUACCUGGAGCGGGCUCGGCGGCUGACAGUGAAGCUGUAUGCCCGCUCACUCCCUGUGAAUGACCUGGUCGUGAGUAAGUUUGAGCAGCGGGUCCUGGAGGCCAACAUGACGGAGGACCACACCUUGUACUUCCCCAAAUAUGGUUUCUGUGAGGCUGCAGACCAGUUCCACCGCCUGGACGAAGUCAGGAGGUGAGGCCCGAGCAGUCCCUGAUGCAGGCAGUGAAGACCCUGCACUGAGGCCGGC